GCGCUGCUCCACCCAAUAUCGAACCAAUUUUAGUGCCGUGCGUGGCCUGAGAGUAGACGGAACACGCCGGAGGUCGCGUCUCUUCCCUCUCUGCUGCUGUAUCGCUCUCUCUGUCGAAGAAGAGAACUGUAAAUCGAUCUUCCUCCUCGCCGCGAUGUAUCUGACGGUGCUCGCUGCUGUGACUCGUCCGUAGAAGAAAAGAGCAGGCUGGAAUCGAUAGCUCUCAGUCGCGUCUCUCCUCUCUCCUCUGUUCUCCUUGGAGAGAAAACUUUUCAUAGGUAGUUUAAUAAAAAUCUUAUUUUGGUUGAGUUAUUGUAAGGAGCAAAUACGGGAGAAAUGAGUUCCGAGGAAGCGUCGGCUACGAUAUUGAUUCGGCAUCUCCCGGAAGCUAUUCCGCCGGAAACCCUCUCCAGACUCUUUUCUCACUAUGGGGCAUCCUCCGUGCGGCCAUGUACUCAUGGAAGUGUAAAAAAUUGUGCAUUUGUAGAUUUCAAGGAUGAAGCAUUGGCAUUUCAAGCACAAAGACAGUUGAAUGGCCUACGGUUUCUGGGUAAGAUAUUAUCCGUUGAAAGAGCUAAUAAACAAAGUGAGGCUGACAAGCUUCCACCCAGUGCACCUGGGACUGGAAAGGACUCAAUCACUUUAAUCAAAGAUAGUGCUUCAUACAAAGAUCUUGAUGGAAGCUCACUCUCUUAUCGCCGCAAUGAACCUAUUGCCGAAAGACUUGGAGUGGACUAUCCAUUUCCCCCCCAUCUCGAAUAUGCAUAUCCCCCACCUGAUGGCCACAUCUUGACUAAUAUUGUAAAUGCUCUUAUUGCUGUUCCAAGGUUUUACACACAGGUCUUACACUUGAUGAACAAGAUGAAUAUUCCAGCCCCAUUCCGGACUGCAUUGCCCACUCCACCUUUGCCAACCCCACCAUCUUUCACCCCUCAACCUCCUCCACCGCCUCCUCCAACAGAUACCGGAACUAGAGCAGACAGUUUGCUGAGCAGUGAAUCAGAAAUGGAGUCUUCAGAUGAGGAAACUCCACGUGUUGGUGGCAUAAAAAGAAAGCGGAUGAAGCAAGAAACUAUUGUAGGUCCUGCUGUGAACAAGUACGUGGCUCAUGAGGCUGUUGGAUUGAAACCUGCAGUUUUGCUUCCAAAAGAAAUGCCAAUAGUAAAAAAGAAGAACCCUGUAUUGCAGAUCAAAAUAGCACCUAAACAGGUUCAUUCUGAACUGAUCAAUGAUGAUAGUAUAAGUGAGGUGCAUAGGGAAGAUGAAUUGACUUUAGAUAAUAAGGCUGUUCUGACUAUUGAAGAAUUGAAGAGUGGGAAAUUAGUUCCUGAAGAAAUUUUGUCACUUCCAGUGUUCAAGAAUUAUUCUGUCGGGAAUCCUUCUUGUGUGCUGUACAUAAAAAAUUUGUCAAGAGAUGUCAUUCCUGAUGACUUCUACUUCAUUUUUGGAUCUUUCUUUGGAAGUAUUGAUGCUGCUAGAUCCAAUCUGACUGUGAAGUUAAUGCAGGAAGGAAGAAUGCGGGGUCAAGCUUUUAUUACAUUUCCGACUGUUGAACUAGCUCAGAAUGCCUUGAACCUGGUUAACGGAUAUGUGUUCAAAGGCAAGCCCAUUGUUAUUCAGUUCGGUCGUAAUGCUGCUGCCACAACCGGCUAAUUAGUGCAAAUUUCUUCUAAAAGAAAUUUUUAGAGUUUGGCAUUCAAGACUUCAAUGGGAAAAGGGAUGAUGACAGUGGAAUGGAGUUUUCAGUUGCUUAUAUGCUUUUGUUGGGGAUUCUAUUAAUUGUAUUUAGCUAAGGCCAAUAUGUGAAGCCCGAUAUGUUGACCGAAGGAAACCCAUGUGAUAUGGGUUGUGGGUAACCCGACCCGGAAGCGAAGCUCACCCGGAAUAGUUUGAAUGGAGUAAAUGUGCAAGGCUAUGUCAAUUGAGGGAGGCGCCUCGUGCACUUCUAAUUACAACCCGUGGUUAGCUCCACAAUUAGUGGAUCGUAACUAUCAAAUCCAUUUGCUAUAAAUAUAUCUUCCCCAAAGCUUGGAGAAGGGAUCCUUCUCAAAGUUGUUCUUAUUGCUCUGCCCUUACUUUUCCAUAUUCGUUUACACUAUAGGGCGAUGCUAAAUCCACCCCCUAAUUCGCUAAAUCCACUACAUUUUUAAAAAGAUGGACGCCUUUGUCCUUUCGUUUGUCCAUUUAACACAAAUGAGUGGAUAUAGCCAAAAAUGGUAUGAAUUUAGCAAUAACCUAUGCUAUAUUGUAUGUUUUCACGGUCUACUGUUGUGCUCAGUAUAUCAAAGUCCAAUGUUUCUUGUUAAGUUGGCUGUUUUGAUUGAGGCAAGUGUAUGAAAGGGUCGAAAUGAUUUUUUGGCUUAAUGUUUUAAAUAUUGAGAACGCUACAAGUAAUAAAAUUUUGCCAAUUGG